AUGUGGAAGCUGAAGCUUAGUGAGGGCAAUGAUGUGAGGCUUGAAAGCGCAAAUAAUCAUAUUGGAAGGCAAUAUUGGGAGUUUGACCCGAAUCUCGGAACACCCCAAGAGCAAGCUCAAGUGGAGAAAGCCCGUGAUGAGUUUAAGAAGAAUCGGUUUCAUGAUAAACAAAGUUCUGAUCUCCUAAUGAGACUUCAGUUUGCAAGGGAGAAUCCAUGUGAAAUGGAGCUACCUCAAGUGAAAGUGAAAACUGAGAAAGAAAUAACUGAGGAGGCAGUGGCAACCACAUUGAGAAGGGCCUUGAGGUUCUACUCAACUCUGCAGACUGAAGAUGGGUUCUGGCCAGGUGACUAUGGUGGCCCCUUAUUUCUCUUACCUGGCUUGGCAAGCUCCUAUUUUGCUUGCCCUCUUUCCUUAAAGUAA